CGCGCAGAAGUGCAAGGUUUUAUUUUUAUCUGCAGUGGUUGACCCAGACUAUGCCUUCUCACCUGAGUACGAACUUGUUUCCUUGCAACAAGUAAAUUUUGGGAAGAUAUCUAAAUCACCCCGGCAUGAGACGUAUGUUAAGUCACUGAUACACCUCUGCUGUGUGAGAGUGGCAAAAAUACAACUCAUUGAGUAGUGAAGAUGACGGAAACUCUUGCUUGGGGAGAUUAUCUUACGAUUGGAAUAUACUUUGCUAUUGUGCUUGUCGUCGGAAUCCUGUCAACAUGUCGACCAAACAGAGGGAGUGCACAAGGUUAUUUUCUGGCUGGCAAAGACAUGCACUGGAUACCGAUUGGAGCGUCCAUCUAUGCCAGCAACAUAGGCGCUCCGAUAUUUAUAGGUUUGGCAGGUUCAGCAGCAGCCUCCGGUAUAGCCGUCACGAUAUAUGAAUGGCAUGCUGUGUUCUUCCUCAUUGCUCUUGGCUGGGUAUUUCUGCCCGUGUACAUCUCCUGUGGGUCAUUUACCACUCCGCAAUACUUACGGAAGAGGUACGGAGGGAAGCGACUCAGGAUCUUUUCAUCUAUCAUGUCCCUGGUCGGGUACAUCCUCUUCAAUAUCUCGAUCGAAAUCUUCACUGGAGCAAUGUUUCUGCAGCAAAUCCUAGGGUGGAAUCUUUACCUCAGUGUGGUUAUCAUACUGACUGUGACAGCAGUUUACACCAUUGUUGGUGGUCUCACUGCAGUUAUCUACACUGACACGUUACAGGCAGUUGUACUUAUCAUUGGCGCUACAAUUCUCUUUAUUACAUCGUGGGUAGAUGUUGGCGGAUGGGGCGCAAUACACGACCAGUUCAUGACGGCAGCGGCAAACUACACACUGACCAAUACCUCGGUAUACUCAUGUGGCCUACCCCGAAAUGAUUCGUUCAGUAUUGUUCGUGAUGCCGUCACGGGAGAUAUCCCCUGGCCAGGUGCUCUUUUGGGACUAUCAACCAUGGGCAUGUAUGUCUGGAGUCAAGAUCAGCUUAUGGUACAAAGAUGUUUGUCGGCCAAGAACUUGAACCACGCCAAAGGAGGAGCAUUACUGGGGGGUUUCCUCAAACUUACCUCUUUCCUUCUGUUCGUAAUCCCCGGGAUGGUCAGCCGGAUAAAAUUCCCAGAGGAAGUUGCGUGUGCAGACCCCGACAAAUGCUUCGAAAUUUGUCAGAAUAGAGCUGGUUGUACAAAUCUGGCCUACCCUCUGCUUGUCCUACGUAUUCUACCAGAGGGUAUUCGGGGCCUGAUGUUGGCUGCGUUACUAGCGGCGUUGACUAGCUCUCUGACGUCGAUAUUGAACAGUGCCAGUUCGAUAAUUACGUUAGACGUAUGGCGCAUGUACAGGAAGAAUGCUAAGGAAACGGAACUGAUGAUAGUGGGUAGAGUUACGGUGCUGAUCCUCGUCGUCACCAGUAUCCUGUGGUUACCAGUCAUGGAGAAGGUCCAGGGAGGACAGUUCUGGUCAUACAUGCAGUCCAUCAGAAGUUACAUCACUCCUCCAUGGUGUAUAUUAUUUCUCCUGGGAAUAUUCUGGAAACGUUCAACAGAACCGGGCGUGUUCUUGGGUCUGGUUAUAUGUCAGGUGAUUGGGGUCAUUAGAAUGGUCUUGGACUUCAUAUACAUUCCGCCGAACUGUGGCAGCGGUGAACCGAGUACCAGGCCCGACAUCGUCAGUAAAGUCGACUUUCUCCACUUCGCCACCAUCUUGUCUGUCAUCACUACCAUUGUGAUGGUUGUUUUAAGCCUUCUGACCGAACCAAGACCAGAACGGAAGCUUCGCCGCGUGACGUUUUGGACAAGAAAUGAUCCCUUAGAACCGGAACUCGACUCGGAAGAUGAUGAAAUGAGGGAAGAGGAAGAGGAAGAAGAAGAAAAAGAGGAGGCAUUAAAGGAGGAAACAGAAGAAACAUCAGGUGCUGUAGGGGACUUAAAAAAGUACUGCUACAACUGGGUGUGUGGGACAACAGAUCAACCCGAACGGAAACUAACGUCAGAACAGAAACGUGCUCUCAGGGCGAAAUUAACAUCUAUACGUCAGACAAAGUUCUGUCGGAGAGCACUGAAUGCGGGCGCUAACCCUGAGAGGUUUUGA